UUCAGGAAAAUGUCUCUAAUUUUGACAUCUCAAGCUCAACGGCCAAAUACCAUUGCUGAUGUUAAGCGACCUUCAGCUAAUUAUACCCCAAGCAUUUGGGGAGAUCAUUUUCUCUCUUAUGCUACCAUGGAAGUUGACAUUAAACUUGAGCAACACGUCCGACAACUGAAAGAAGAGGUGAAGAAGAUGCUGAUGGACCCCUUAAAAAGCCCUUCACAACAAUUGAACUUGAUUGAUGACAUUCAACGUCUAGGCGUGUCCUAUCAUUUCAAAAAUGAGAUUGAUGGAAUUUUGAAACAAAUUCACCACAACUACUCUUAUGGUAGUGAAGAUGAUCUUUACACUACUGCUCUCCGUUUUAGAUUGCUUAGGCAACAAGGUUGCAAUGUUUCAUGCGAUAUGUUCAACAAGUUCAAGGAAGGAAAUGAUCAAAAAUUUAAGGCAUCUCUUUUGAGUGAUGUAUCAGGACUAUUAAGCUUGUACGAAGCCACCCAUCUUAGGAUACAUGGAGAAGGCAUACUAGAAGAGGCACUAUCCUUCACCACCACUCAUCUUCAGUCGAUCAAACACAGUUUAAGUUCUUCACUCUCAAAAGAAGUAGCUCAUGCCUUAAUGCAGCCACUUCGAAAGGGCAUCAACAGGGUGGAAGCUAGAUAUUACUUGUCAAUCUAUCAUGAACGCGAUUCACAUAACGACACUCUCUUGACUUUUGCAAAGUUGGAUUUCAACCUAGUGCAGAAAAUCCAUCAAAAGGAACUAUGUGAAGUUACAAGGUGGUGGAAGGACUUGGACGUGAGAAACACGUUGCCAUUUACAAGAGACAAAGCUACCGAAGUUUACUUUUGCUGGGCUUUGUCAGUGUACUUCGAACCUCAAUAUUCGUAUGCUAGGAAGAUAUCAUCCAAAGUCACUGCCAUGGCAUCUAUUAUUGAUGACAUUUAUGAUGCCCACGGCACAUUCGAAGAACUGGAGCUAUUUACUGAAGCUAUUCAGAGGUGGGAUGUUUGUGCCAUAGAUCCAUUACCAGAUUAUAUGAAAGUCUGUUAUAAGGCACUAUUAGAAGCCUAUACUGAAAUUGAAGAACAGCUUGCAAAGGAAGGAAAGUUGUAUCGAAUCCACUACGCCAGAGAAGCUAUGAAAAAGCUAGUUGAAAGUUACUUCCUUGAAGCUAAAUGGUUGCACCAAAAACACAUACCAAUAGUGGAUGAAUAUAUGGCUUUAGCAUUAAUGACCACAGGCUACCCUAUGCUAAUAACAACAUCUUUUCUUGGAAUGGGAGAUAUUGCUACACAAGAAUCCUUUGAGUGGUUGGCCACUUAUCCUAGGGCUGUAAAAGGGGCUGCGGCAGUUUGCCGAAUCAUGGAUGACAUAGUGGGCCAUAAGGAUGAACAAAAGAGAGAACAUGUUACCUCAGCUGUGGAGUGCUACAUGAAAGAAUAUGGUGCCACAGAAGAACAAGCAAUAAUCGAAUUGCGUAGAAAAUUGAGUGACGCAUGGAAGGACAUAAACGAAUCGUUUCAUCCCCCUAAUGUUGUUCCAAGGGCACUGCUAACUCGAAUUAUUAACUUUGCAUGUGUCAUGGAUGUUGUAUACAAGUAUGUAGAUGGUUACAGUACUCAUGAUGAUACUGUGCUGAAGGAUUUUAUAGUUUCUACACUUGUGCAACCCGUGCCUGUAUAAGCUUCAAAUCAUGUUUCUUAUAUAUUUUAUAGCCUUUCCCGAUUAAUCUUGUGAAAACUGGAUUAUAUCGAGCGCCUGCCUCAUUAAUUUCCUUUGCUUCUUCUCCUCAAGAUCAAUAUAUAUAGUUUCAAUUCCAAGGUGUAAC